AUGCUUAAAACCCCAGUGCGUCGAUCUAUAGUUGAAAACAACCAGUUGUAUUAUCCUUUUGGAAUUACUCGGUUUCGUAACAUAUUGGAAAAUUUAAGCUGUGGAAUUGGUUGUGACAAUGGCAUCAAGAUCCUGCUUCUUAGAUGUGGCGACUUGAGAAACACACUUCAGGCAACAACCAAUGGAAAUGCAUCACAAUUUCACAUCUACCUCAAUGACAAUAAUCCAUCAAUCUUGGCUCGAAACAUCAUCAUUCUGAAAAUCCUAUCAGAUCGGUGUUUUAAUCCUGAGAAAGAGGAGGAUUUAAGCUUUCUUUGGGAUAUCUGGUAUAAUGCUGAAUGGCCUGAGGUCACUACCAAAAGAUUCCUGGUUGUUUUGAAGGAUAUCUUGGAUGGAAAAUUUCCAGAAAAUGUUUCUGUUCCUGAUACAAGCCAGCGGCAAGGUUUGAAACAAGUGUGGAGUUCUUGGUUAACCACUUGUUCUGGAGAUGAAUCAAAAUUGACAUCAUUUAUGCAAAAAAUCCGGAAAGAAAGGUCCACAUUUGUCUGGAAAGAGUAUGACGGUUGGGUUGGCGGAUUUCGUGCCCUGCUGGGGAUGAACAGUAUCGAACUCUUUAAUGAAGCUGUAGACAAGAUCGCUGAUGACUUUUACGAGGAAAAUUUUGUAGGUAUUGAAGAAUUGCCGAAUUCUGCAAUGCAGAAAAAUCGAGAUGAAGUUCUUCGUUAUUUCUCAACUGGCAACUGUAGGCUUCAAAGCGAAACUAGCGUUGUUUGUGUGAAUCCAACCAUGCUCGACCCAAUAACUCAUCGUUGGGAAGUUCAUUUUUUAAUAACCCCUUUUGAUGGUUACCUUCCACUAGCUAGAGAAGAGUUGGAUACUUCAGCAAACGACAACUUGCUAGUUCGAUCUUGUCAGAAAAUACUCAAGAAAUUUAUUACUUCUUAUCGAAGUCACAUUGAUAAAGUCCAAAUCUCUGUCUACUUGGAGGAUUUCUUUGAGUUCUGCUACGCCACCACUCAUCAGUUUGACGUCAUUGAUUGUUGCAGUCUUCCCGACCAAACUGGAUUAGCUAACGUUAUCAACGCUGCGACUGCAAGAUUAUCCGAUAACCAACAAUCUACUUUGUUCACUCAAGCUAUGAAAUGGAAGGAUGUAGGAGAUACAGUGGAGAAAUACGUCGAAGAAUCUCUUUGCGUCCCUUUGAACAUGAUCCCAACCAUCUAUGGAGUGCGAAUGGAUAAUCACGUCGAACUAGGAGCUUCAGCACUCCUCAACUUGCGACGUCAGAGAACCUUUCCGCUGAACUUAAGAUGGAAGAAAGCACCUUCCUUUCGGAACGUAUCAUUGGCUCCUUCGCCGUUGCUGGAUCGUUGUUUGGAUCGAAUAGUAGACAAAUGUUUUGAUAUUUUAUUCCCUCGCCGCAUGUUUGGGCCUCAACCUGGAGAUGAGUGUGGUAUGAACUUGUACACUCCGCUAACGUAUGACUAUAUAGUUAGCUCGAUGAUUCAGCGUGUUGGAGGGGACACUUGGUUCAAAGAAGACCGAAAGGAUACAAAUUGUAUGUUCAGCUUUUUUGAUUUAUCGAAGAGAACAACAAAAGCCUGGAAGAAUGGUCAACCAGUUCUGAAGCUGACAGCCCAUGCCGACAAAUGCUUCCGUAUUCUUAAAGGGACUCCAGUACUUCGUCUUAUUUUGAUUCCUUGUUCAGUGUUCAACGAAUCCAUGGCAUUUAGAGACAAUUUUGAUCUGUCUGGUCCUGGAAACCAUAUAAUCGAUAACUUUCAGUUUGAAAUGAAGAGGAAUCCGGAGGAAAAGAGAAAAGUAUCAAUUUCGUUUUUAUUAGUUCCGGAUCAUGGUCUCGAAAAAAGCCACCUUGCUUUCCUUCUGGAUCUCGCGGAUGGGUUUCCGAAUUACGUAUUCCAAGCUCUCGGGUAUAUGCAAACUGAACCGUUUCUUGAACCUUAUCCGUUUGCCGCUAAAAAGCCUGCCAUUCCGGCUUCUUCUAUUACGGUCCAACCACCCCAGAUGGUCGUCAAAAAUUGUAUCGAGUUUGAAGAUCAGUACCUGCUGAGAAUAGAUAUUUCAUGUAGCGAUAACGUCUCCGGUCUGAUCGUGUCGACGAAUCAGAGAAAGCCAUGCGAGUCUGCACACGACGUCACCGUUUCACUUAGUCAACCGAAUAACUUGGAGCCUCUGAGUAUGACUUUUCCCCACCCGAUCCUUGUCGAUGAUAUCCGCGCUAAGCUCCACCUCAAAGACCAUUUUAUUAAUUUGGUUAUGAAGAAAGCUCUGCUUGAGCCAUGGCCGCAUGAAUAUCAAACCGAGCAUACGAAAUGGAAUGCUGACCGACUGAAGCUCUGGGAGGAAAAAGAAGUUACGUUGGAGCAUGACAGCGGAAUAUCCCUUCCCUCUUUAUCUUCUUCUUGCAUGAACUCGUCGAUGGUUCAUCUUAUGUGCCAGUUCCAGUUCUCCGAGGUUCAGACGCCUUCGCUAAUGAAGAAAACCCCAUUGAAUCAAGUUCGUUGCAUCAUCAGAGGCAUUUUUCAACGUUUCAUCAGUCGCAAAGCAACUCGCACAAAUUUCGUAUGCAUUUUUCAAAAAGGAUCGUCUGUAGAAAAUCCUGAUUGGUACCUCCGAGUGCAUAAACCGAUUCGCACCUCUCCACAGGGAAGCCCGAUUUUGAUGAUUUCUGCUUUUGACAACAAGCUUGCCAAAAAAUUUGAAACUCUGCAGGAAGCAAGCAAUCUCAAAGUUGGAAAUAAUUUCUCUCAAGUUUUUCCUGUUCUGAAACCCCAGGAAACUAUGACGAUUGAAGCUGAAUCGGCCGGAAGUUUAGAAUUAUUCCGCUACGUUUUAAGACUCAAUUCGUUGAAGAUUUUACCGAUUACUUGGCAAAAGCACAACCUUUACUUGGGAGAAGACAGUCCUUGGCUAGCAACUUUCCUUUCUCCACUCUAUGUGGAUUCUCCAUCAUUAAACGGCGAUGUCAACGAGAGUUCCGAAAUUGAGGAUAAUGAAAAAUGUCGUCUUAUGUAAGAUCAAUUGUUACAGAUAUAUUUAAACUAUGAUUUUUCAAUAAUAAAUAUCAAUUUACAGUCA